GCGCACACUCGCGCUCGGGCGCACUCGGAGCAGGCACCGGCUGCCGGAGCGAGUUGGCGAGCAGCGAGCCGGGGACCUGCGGGGUUGAUCCAGCCGAGCGGAGAGCGAACAGAGCCCACGACGACCCUACGUCCCCGAACCCUGCAGCCGUCCCCAACCGGCCGGUGUCCCCGCCGCCCUCCCUGACCCAUGGCGCUGAAGAGGAUUCAGAAAGAAUUAAGUGAUCUACAACGUGACCCACCUGCUCAUUGUUCAGCUGGACCUGUGGGAGAUGACUUGUUCCACUGGCAAGCAACUAUUAUGGGACCUCCUGAUAGCGCCUAUCAAGGUGGAGUCUUCUUUCUCACUGUACAUUUUCCGACAGACUAUCCUUUUAAGCCACCAAAGAUUGCUUUCACAACAAAAAUUUACCAUCCAAACAUAAACAGUAAUGGAAGUAUUUGUCUUGAUAUCCUGAGGUCACAAUGGUCACCAGCUCUGACUGUAUCAAAAGUUUUAUUGUCCAUAUGUUCUCUACUUUGUGAUCCUAAUCCCGAUGACCCCUUAGUACCAGAUAUUGCACAAAUCUAUAAAUCAGACAAAGAAAAAUACAACAGACAUGCAAGAGAAUGGACUCAGAAAUAUGCAAUGUAAAAACAAAAAAAAUUUUCAUAUAUACCAGAGUACUGUAAAAUCUAGGUUUUUUUCAACAUUAGCAGUAAAUUGAGCACUGUUUACUGUUUCAUUGUACCAUGAAAUCUUUUAUUUUUAUCCAUUUUACAUGUAUUUCUGAAGCAAGACAGACUUCCAGAAAUACCCUUAAGACUGUGAUGAGAGCAUUUGUCAUUUUGUAUGCAUUGAGAAAGACAUUUAUUAUGGUUUUUAAGAUACUUGGACAUCUGCAUCUUCAGCUUACAAGAUCUGCAGUGCAUCUGAAAAGCAACCAAAUUAUUUUUUGCUGAAACUAGAUGUUUUUACAUGAGAAAUACUGUAUGUGUUGUCUAAGAUGUUAUCGGUUUUAUAAAUCUGUAUUCAGAUUUCAUUCUUUGUUAGCUCACUUUAUAAUUUGUAUUUUUUUACUGUAUAGACUAAAUAUAUUCUAUGUACAUGUACCUAAACUCGUUACCUUUUUCCUGUGAACAGUAUCGAAAAAACCCAACAACUGGUAAUUAAAUGAAUUAACUGUCUGUCUCCCUUGUUUUAGGGUAUUCUGUAGAUUGAGUGCAGAUUUCUUAAACCUGAAAUGAUCUUUACACUGUAAUUCUCAGUAUCCUGAUUAUGGAGAAACACUUGUUUUGAUUUUGUUAUACUUGACUUUAUUGCAAUGUGAAUUAAUUGCACUGCUAAGUAGGAAGAUGUAUAACUUUUAUUUGUUGCUAUUCACAUUUGAAUUUUUUUUUCUGUAUAGGCAAUAUUAUAUUGACAUCUUUUACAGAUA